GCCAAGAGAUGAACGUAAACAAAACUGCCUCAUUUCAAUUCCUGGUUCAUCUGAGAAACAAGAACUAGUAAAAAAUGAUAUAGUACAUUUACUAUUGAAUACGCUUCCUGAAAAGUUUAUAAAAGAUAUAUGUGCUUUAGCACUAACUCCGUUAUUAACUGAAGAAAAAAUACUUGAUUGGGAUUUGGGAUAUGCUAUGACUGUGCAUACUAGUCAAGGGAUGAUGCUUGAAGCACCACAACGAGUUUGGAUAGAAGGUCUUCCAUUACCUCCUGAGAUUGAGGAAGCCAAAAAUAAGAAAGCAAUUGAGCGAUCCCUAAGACCAUUUAUUUCUGAAAAACUCGUAAGAUAUAUGGAUCAAGAUAAGAAAAAAGAAUGGGAUGAAGCUGGAAAUCCUGAUCAAUGGACGAUUGAUCGAAUUAAUAAUAAACUAGGACAUAUAAAAGGUAAUAUACGUCUUACUUGCUUGGAAUGUAAUCAGAAUUAUCAAGUCUGA